AGAUUAAGAUGGAGAUGUGUGUAUAUUGUAUGUUUUGGUGAUUAUAUUACCAACCACCUAGGGGGGUUGUUGCUUCUUCUGUUUAGAUAUGUUUGCUCUUUAAAACAUAUGCUUAAUGGAUUUGUGUGCGAGUUUGACAUGAACUUUGAAAUGGUUUUUUUGGACUUUUACUGUGUAGUUAAUCACACAUGGCUCUACGAAGUUGUUGGAGGUAUUCAGGACUGGUCCCGCGCCUCUUGUGGCGUGGUACCGUCCAGUCUGUGGCUUCUUUCCCGGUAGGACGAGGGUCGGUGUCCAGCGUUGGCUGCAAAACCACAGAGUUGCUGCUGUGUAGCAGGUUCACUUCAGCGACACCGAACAAUAUUGUCACUUACGAGCAGCUGAGGCAGCUGCUAACCGCCCGAAAUGCUGUGGUCAUCGACGUGCGGGAACCCUGGGAGCUCAGGGACUUCGGUUCCAUCCCUGGCACCGUCAACGUUCCCCUGGCACAGGUGAACACUGCACUCCAGCUGAGUCCAGCAGAGUUCAAAGAAAAGUACGGUGGUGAAAUGCCCGAGCGGACAGACACCGUUGUGUUCACAUGUUUGGCAGGAAUUCGUAGCAAGAAUGCACUCAUCGCAGCUGUUUCGCUGGGAUACACAGAUGUUCAGGAUUACUCCGGUGGAUGGAAAGACUGGGAGAAGAAUGAGAAAGAAAUGUGAUCCAAAGAUGAAGGAAACAAAAACACUGUAUUUAAUUAAAUAUAUUUAAAUUAUCUGAGAUCAAACUUGAAUGUGAUCAUACAUAACCAGAAGGUUUUUUGCUAUUUUUUAUGAGCUGGUAACUAAUGUUGUGUUCCUCACCUGUGAACCUGAAACCAGAGGGCUCAGCACACAUCAGCAUUUUUCAUUUCAACUGCUGAAAAUGUAUACCUUAGUUACUAACUUUAAGUCAAAUGUGUAUGAAUUAGUGACAUCUAUUGGUUAAACUACAGGGUUAUAACAAACAAAGGACUCACUUUCUAGAAAGGCCUUUGCAUUCUAGAAAGGAUGCCAUUCUUCUUUAUUUGCAUGGUAAGCUUCUGCCUCAAAACGCAAAUUUCAUGCUCUCAUCAGUUUUUGUUAGUAUGGACUGCCCAAGACCCAAAACCAUUGCCUAAAGUAGAGUACUAUCUUGCCUCUUUCAAGCUCAGGAAACCUUCCAGAGACAACUGUAAGUCCCUGCUCUUGCCUAAACCAACAGUGUUCAUAAAUUACAGCUUGUCCAAAAAACUUGUUACAGGAACCACUUAAUGAGAGCAGAUUUCUUCUAUUUUAGCGCCACUUCACUGGCUUCUGAUUCAUUUAAGAAUUAAUUAAGAGGUCUUCAGCCAAAGACAUGAUUGUCUUUCUUCAAACUUGGCCAAGGUCCAAGGGUGACUGUCCUUUGCUGUUAGGGCACCCCAAAACCUACCUGAGAAAAUCCAUUUGAUGAGCUAAUUAUCCUCUUAUAAUAAUAAUAAUAAUAAUAAUAAUAAUCCUAUUAAUCUUUAAGACACGUUUUCACUAGUGGACUGGGUGGAUUUCGCCAUUUAAAACCCUUUAAUGCCUUCAUAAUGUAACGUUUUUAUCAUGAUUUUGAUCUUUUUGAUUUUUGUUUCAGUGCUUUUAUUUUAUUGACUUGUUUCUGAUUACUGCUGCCCUUUAAAUUGCUUUUGUUUUCCUUUCAUUUUGUCCUGCAUAGUAGUUUGUAACUGUAUUUUUAGACAUGCCUAUAAAUAAAGCUAUAGCUUAUUCUAAGGCUAUGAAAACCAAGCUGUUUUUAUAAUA